AACACACACACCUGGCUGAAAAACUGUGCGGAAACAUGUCGCAGUACCUCCUGGGAGUUCACCUGCAGAUCCUGCUGGCCGUGGGUCUGGCGGUCUUCUUCUAUUGUCUGGUCCUCGGCUGCAUCCUUUGCUGUCGGAGACGGAAAAGCGUUUCAUCAGAGGACAAGGAGGCAGUUUUUCUGUCUCCUCAUCGCGCUGAGAGGGUGACGGUGACAUUGAGUCCGACUCCGAGCACGCAGCCUGUCAAGCAGCAGUACGAGGAGCUGGACGGGGACGUGCUGGACUUUCCCUCCCCUAAAAGCAGCUCCUCGCCAUCGGAGGACGACCUCACCGCUCUGCCCUUUGACCCCAGCCCCACCAGGUCGGUUGAGAUGGUGCAGUCUCGGCCCACUUGUUUUCCAAUGAGGCGCUUGAGCACGCCCGCCGUUCCCUGCUCCUCCAGUAAAUCUCAGACUCACGGCAGAGCCUCGUUGCCGUCCUUGACUAAGUUGAGCUUUGUGUCCAAGUCUCGUCGCGCGAUGGGUCGGCGCAGCACCGUGAGUGGCGAGAGCUUCAUUUACAGCGAGAGCAGCAACCUGACCGCUGCCAGAGCCGCCGACCAGCCGGGGGAGCCGUGUCCGCCGCAGUACGGCUCCAGCUCCACCUCCACCCCCUCCAAACCAGCUCCUCUCCUGCACUUCUCCCUGCUCUUCUCCUCGGCCGGCGGCACCCUGCUGGUCAACAUCCUGGGACUUUUUGGGGCCAGUCGGAGGCGCAGUGGGGUGUUUGUUCGGGCCAGCCUCCCCCCGCUCUGCCCCUCCCCUCAGCAGACGGCCUCACGGCGGCGAAGCCUCAGCCCGGAGCUUCACGGUCAGAGCUUCGUGCUGCCCGUGGGCUCUGUGGAAGAGCUGCGCACUUGCACCCUGAGGCUGGCUGUCUACAGCAGAGACUUCUCCGGCCUGAGGGAGGCUGCCAUGGGCGUGGUGGAGCUGCCCUGCGAGCAGAUGGACUGGGAGCCCGACGUCACCACCACCCACACCAAGCAGCUCGUCCCAACCAAGAGCAAGCUAAAGAAGAGUGUGAGUUCUCUGGAAACGGGCCGCCGAAAGAGCUCGGUGUGUGCGCCGCGGCCUUUGGGCCAGCUGUUCGUCCUGCUGCAGUAUCAGACGCUGGCCCAGCGCGUCAAGGUGAUGGUCCGGAAGGCCGAAAAUCUGGCCAAGCUGACGCGGAUCCCAGGAACUCCAGACCAUUAUGUUGUCAUCAACUUGCUUCAGGAUGGGAAAGUAAUUGGCAGUAAGGAGACUAAAGGGGCCGGCGGUCCAAACCCCGUCUGGAACGCUCCGUUCCUGUUCGACCUGCCUCCCGGUGACGUCAGUCAGCUGCCGCUGGCCCUCGAGUUCAUCGUCAUGCAGGGCCGCCUCUACACCAAGAGCAGCAUCCUGGGUCGAGUGUUGAUCGGCGGCGAGGCUUCGGAGGCGGGACAGGGCCACUGGAAGGAAAUGUGCAGUCGGGGCCAAAUAGAAACCGCCCGCUGGCACUUCAUCCAGUCCGACGCACAGUAGGGUCUGAGUGACGGACAGGUGAGC